CCUUUCUUCUUCCUCUUACCAAAAUUUUCCAAUCGCACGGUCGUUCACUCCACCACCCAAGCUCCAGGUCGUCGAUCAUUCUCGCACGGCUGGUCGUCGGGCAUUCUCGCGCCACGAACGUUCCCGCACGCCUGGUCGUCGAUUGUUCUCACACCACGGUCGGCGUCUCCCUUAUUGCCCACUGAUUCGAGGCCGGCGAAGAUUUCCAACGGCAGCGAAUCCAUUUGUCCCCCAACGUCGAUUUCACUACGAAGAACAUGAGCAAGGUAGUGAGAUUGUCGAUUGCUCAAGUAUUGACAGUAAUUUCUUAGAAGAAAAAGGCGGUGUUGAGGGAAGCUUACAAUAAGAAGAAGCUUUUACCGCUUGAUCUGCGCCUAAAGAAGACCAGGGCCACUCGUAGAAGGCUCAGAAAGCACCAGGUUUUGGAGCUUGAUAAUUGCAGUCUUUUGACUUAUGUUUCUCUUUCUCUGGAUCUUCCUCAUUUACAGAAUAUUAGACUUGCCCAUUGCCGCAAGAAUUUCUUUGAUUUGAAUCUUCCAGUCUCCAGAUGCCUUUAUUGUUGGUUACCAACUUUUGGCAUCAAGUAGCGGAGAAUUUUUCUCAAUGCAAGGACUUUUUUCUCUGUACACUUAAUGCUCUCUCAGAAUUAUAUUUGCUGCACACAAUGGAAUUAUUAGUUGGAAUUAUCUUUGGGUGGGUAUGACGUGUUAAGCAUCUUAUUUAAGUGAUUAGAAGGUGUUGGAUGCUUGACGAACAAUAGGAAGUUCGAUUUGGCUAGGUUGCAGUUCCGUCGCUGUUCUUUGGCGUGAACAGUGGUAACAAAAUGGAAAAGGAAUCAAAGGGCUCUUGUGUAAGAGAGUUCAUCAGGGAAAAAGUCCUAGACUGGGAUGACGAAGUGGUGGCUACAGCUCGGUUUAAGGCAUUUAGUGGGCAAAAAUCUGAUUGGGAACCUAGGUACUUAUUUUGGAGGGAUUUGAUACUCACAGUUGCCCGUCAACUCAACUUCCUUAUUAUAAAACCUUCUGAAAUAAAGAAUCAAUGGUUUUCUCGAGGAGGGUUGACUCCAUUGUGCCUUGAUCAUGUUCUGCAUCUAAUGUAUACUGGGGGAGAUAUCAUAAGACGUAGUGACAUGCUGGAUCCGAGGAGUGGCCAACUCUCCUACAUGUUUAAAAGACUAAGCAAUUUGAUGGGUACAUCUAAAAAGAAUCCUGAGAGUUUGCUUCGUGAUGAUUAUAUAAUUCUUGCUUGUGUAUUACAAGAUAGAGCAACUGAAGUUAUCAAGUGUUUAUCUCUUAGUAAUUGGACCUCGUCUUAUAUCAUUACAAUGGUGAAGUUCCAAAACAUUUGUGGAGGACCUGAUGAAGCAACUGUUAUCUUGAGUUACUUGAUUGAGUGUGGUAAAGCAAAAUUUCUCUCCAAGGGAAAAACGAAACUUCUAGAGGGUGUAAAGGUCUCUUUUUCAGCAACGACAGUUCCUGGAAUCACAACUCUCGAUUAUGAUAUUUUGCACUUAGUUUGGACAGCAGAAAAGCUUCAGCAACAACUUGAUGCGAUUAACCAGCGUUAUGAUGUGUCGAAACAAUCCGCAUUAGUUUCUUUGAAGUCUGGAAACAAAAAAGCCGCAUUGAAACAUGCAAGAGAGUUGAAGAUCACCACAGAAAGUCGGGAAAAAGUUGCAUCUCUCUUCAACAGAGUGGAGGAAGUCCUUAAUGCUAUUGGAGAUGCCGAAUUGACAAAAUCAGUUUCUGAGGCUAUUCAAAUUGGUGCUCGAGUAAUGAAAGAACACGAGGUUAAUUGGGAUCAACUCCAACAUAGUUUGCAGGAACUAGAAACAAGCAUUGAUAUACAAAAGCAAGUUGCAAAUACUAUAGAUUCAGUUCCAUCUGCCUCAAUUCCGAAUGAUGAAGAAGAUAUUGAGGAGGUGUUUAAGAAGCUUGAGUUGGAAUUAACAGCAGCCCAAAUCCUUGAUGCAUCGACAUCAGAAUCUGCGGUUAAUAUUGCAACUGGUGAAACAGUGGUUGUAGUUUGUGACGAUUCAUUAAGCUCUACGUUAUCAAAUCUAAAGCUUGUAGAAGAAGUAGAAAAGGAGGAUGCGAACCAAAAAUCGAAUUCUAAGAGGAAUUCAAAAAUCAUGGAGCUUGGGAUUUCUUAGGUGCAUUCUCAUGUAGCAGUUUAGAAUGGCAAUGCCAGCCCAAUGUAACCUUCUUCUUUUGGUUGCCAUAUGUACUUCAACGUUAAAGGUUUUAGUGAAAUUGGUUUACAAAUUUGUUACUGCAAAGUUGCUACUCUUUGUUACUGAGUCAGCUUUUGUAUAACUGUUAUUGGUGUUAAUUUGAAAAUGAAAAUGUAUCAUUUGAAUAUAA